CCAGCUUAAUUUGAUCUGCCAUUCAAAUUUUAAAUAAAAAUAUAGGAAGAAGGAAUGAAGAGGUUAUGGGGUGCUUGGAAGCUAGGAAAGGCGGGAAGGAACAUAUUCUUACUUGAAUUCUCAGAAUAUAUAUGCUUUGCCCUUUGCUUUGCUUUCCUUCUCUUUCAAUCUUGAUAUCCACACAUCCAAACACCCUCCUUCUUCAUCUUCUUUUUUUCUUCAUUUCUCUCUAUAUUUAGAUCACUAUGAACCCAAUCCAUUCCAUCUACGCCAUUCCAUUCCAUUCCAAUAUUCCAACCUUCGAUAUCUCUUCCGUUACCCUUCUUUACCAAAAUGCCACAGUUGCUUCACGGGGCGCUUAUCGCCACCAUUCACAGCGUUGAUAAGCUUCAAAGUGGAUGUUUCAACUUCUGUGGCGGUGUGUCACCUAAAAAAAUUCUAGCCGGCGUCAAGAAAGCGGUAUCUUGUCGGCCUGAGAUUGUUGGACCAAAACUCUAUGCAACAGUUGAUUUAGAUAAGGCGAGGGUUGCACGUACCAGUAUGGUGCAAAAAAAUACCAACCAUCCAGUUUGGAACGAAUCUUUUUACAUUUAUUGUGCCCAUUGGACCUCAGAGGUGAUAUUCACAAUAAAAAAUGAUGAACUUGUUGGGGCAACGUUAAUUGGAAGAGCUUAUUUUCCUGUUGACACUAUCUUCACCAGGCAUGUGGUAAAUAAUGAAGAGAUUCCAAUCUUAGAUGAAGAACGAAAACCAACGGGUUCUAAAAUUCGUGUUACUUUACAAUUUGUUCGCAUUACUGAUGAACAAAAUUGGUCAUCAGGAAUCAGAAACCCCCAAUAUCAGGGAGUUCCCAGAACAUUCUUCCAUCAAAGACAAGGUUGCAAAGUCACCCUUUACCAAGAUGCCCAUGUUCCGAGUUAUUUCGAUACAAUUGUGGCUUCAUCUUUUGGACAGUUAUUUCAGCCCCAUAGAUGUUGGGAGGACAUCUUUGAUGCAAUCACUAAUGCCAAACACUUGAUUUACAUAACUGGAUGGUCUAUCUAUACUCAAAUAACCUUGGUAAGAGACCCAACCACGCCAAAACUUGGAGCAGAUAGUACACUUGGAGAGCUUCUAAGGAGGAAGGCUGAUGAAGGUGUCUCAGUUCUUGUGCUUAUCUGGGAUGACAGGACCUCUCUUAUGGAAUUAAAGAAGGAUGGUUUAAUGGCAACACAUGAUCAAGAGACUGAAGAAUACUUUCGCAACACAAAUGUGCAUUGUUUCUUGUGCCCUCGAAAUCCUGAUCAUGACAGAAGCAUAGUUCAGGGAUUCGAGACCUCUGCCAUGUUUACUCAUCAUCAGAAAACUAUUGUUGUUGAUAGCGAGUUACAUGAAAAAGAGUCUCUAAAGAGGAGGAUUGUGAGUUUUGUUGGAGGUAUUGAUCUUUGCGAUGGAAGAUAUGAUACAUAUAACCACCCUCUAUUCAGUUCUUUGGCCACGACCCACCACAAUGAUUUUCACCAACCAAACUUUCCAGGCGCUUCCAUCAAUAAAGGUGGUCCAAGGGAGCCUUGGCAUGACAUCCAUUGCAGGCUCGAAGGACCUGUCGCUUGGGACGUCUUGUACAACUUUGAGCAAAGGUGGAGAAAACAAGUUGGUAAUAAGUUCAUAAUUCCAAUGAGUAGGUUGGACACUAUUCUUGUUCCCCCAACAUAUGGCAUGUCACCAAAUGAUGACACUGAAACAUGGAGUGUUCAACUGUUUCGAUCCAUUGAUGGUGGGGCUGUCACUGGUUUCCCUGAGAAUCCUGGGGAAGCAGCAAAAAUGGGGCUUGUAUCUGGGAAGAACAAUGUUAUUGAGCGCAGCAUUCAGGAUGCUUAUAUCAAUGCUAUUCGGCGAGCCAAAAAUUUCAUUUACAUAGAAAACCAGUAUUUCCUAGGAAGCUCCUUUGGUUGGAGAGCUUCAGAUAUUAAGGUUGAGGAGAUCAAUGCUUUGCAUCUUAUACCGAAAGAGCUCUCACUGAAAAUUGUUAGUAAAAUUGAAGCAGGGCAAAGGUUUGUAGUAUACAUCAUUAUCCCAAUGUGGCCAGAAGGAAUUCCCGAGAGUGGUUCUGUUCAGGCUAUAUUAGAUUGGCAAAGGCGUACGAUGGAAAUGAUGUAUUCUGAUAUCACUCAAGCCCUUCAAAGAAAAGGUUUACAUGCAGACCCCAGAGAAUAUUUGACAUUUUUUUGCCUUGGAAAUCGAGAGCGAAGUAAUAUGGCAGAAUAUGUACCCCCAGAAAGACCAGAUGCUGACACUGAUUAUAGUAGAGCCCAGCAAUCCAGGCGUUUCAUGAUUUACGUUCAUUCAAAGUUGAUGAUAGUUGAUGAUGAAUAUAUAAUCAUUGGAUCAGCCAACAUUAAUCAAAGAUCUAUGGACGGUGCUAGGGACUCUGAGAUUGCUAUGGGGGCAUUCCAGCCACACCAUUUAGUCGGCCAUGAACCAGCCAGAGGCCAAAUAUUUGGAUUUCGAAUGUCGUUGUGGAUGGAACACCUUGGCUAUUUUGAGAAUACCUUUGAAAACCCUGAAACCCUAGAAUGUGUCCAUAGGGUGAAUAUGUAUGCUCAAAAGUAUUGGGAAGCUUACUCAAGCAAUACAUUUGAUGAUGAUGUAUUGCCAGGUCAUCUUCUUCGCUACCCUGUUGAAGUAAAGAACAAUGGAACUAUUGGGGAGUUGCCAGGGUUUAAGUUCUUCCCAGACACCAAGGCCCCAGUGUUGGGCAACAAAUCUGAUUACCUUCCUCCAAUCAUUACCACCUAAAUAUGGAAUAAUAUUAGUCGAUAUCUCUACUCGGAUUGUUGGAAUGCAAUCAUAUUUGUACUUUAACAUAAUUUAUUCUAUAAUACAUUCACAUGCAUGCAAUACAUGUAUACGAAAUACAAGUUACAACAUAUUUCUACUAUGUUUUAUGGCUA